CAAACCCCUCACAUAAAUAUCAAACUUUAGAAUAAUAUUUCAGAUCUCUCCAAAAAAAAUGUCUUCUCAAAACCUCCCUGAUAUGAGGGACCUCCAACAACCGUUGAUUCCUUCGUCUGAUCGAAAAUCCGACGGUCAAGAAAAACUCACCAUUGAUGAAAUGCUUCAAAAAUACUGCGGUGAAUUUGGUAAAUGGCAAUUAAAACAUUUUAUUUUAACAAGUUUAGCAUGGGCUUUGGAAGCUUUUCAUACAAUGGUUAUGAUUUUCGCUGAUCGAGACCCUAAAUGGUGGUGUACUGGGCCAGACUGUUGGGCUCAAGCCCAAAUUUGUGGGCUUCCUCCUGGGUCCUGGGAUUGGGUUGAUGGUCCCGGAUCUUCUACCAUUUCUGAAUGGGGUUUGAUGUGUGAUGAUAAGUAUAAGGUUGGAUUGGUGCAAGCUCUCUUCUUUUUUGGCUGCAUGAUAGGAGCAGGAAUAUUUGGACAUCUCUCAGAUUCAUCACUAGGAAGAAAAGGGUCAUUAACCACAAUAUGCCUACUGAAUGGGAUCCUUGGCUGUCUUACUGCCUUGUCUCCGAACUAUCUCGUGUACACAUUUCUCCGAUUUUUGAGUGGUUUAGGCACCGGUGGUGUAGGUAUGUGUGCCUUUGUGCUCGCUACUGAGCCUAUUGGACCCUCCAAACGCGGUGUUGCUGGUAUGUCUACCUUCUACUUCUUCUCAACCGGUAUAGCCCUCCUUUCGGGAAUUGCCUACUUGUUCCCAUCUUGGCGAUCUCUUUAUGUUGCAUCCUCGAUCCCUUCAAUUCUUUUCGUAACUUUCAUCAUUCCUUUUCUUUCCGAAUCACCUAGAUGGUUCCUCGUACGAGGAAAAGCCAAGGACGCUAUGAAAGUCAUGCGUCUCAUGGCACAAUCUAACGGUAGGAUUCUCCCACAAGACGUGCACCUUGUCCUUGACGAUGAUGCUAACAAUACCAAUUACGUAGAAAACCCUAAAGACGAUGGCUCACCAAUCGAAGAACGAGAAGCCAUCAAGGGUUCUUUAAGAGAUGUUCUAAGGUCACCUGUCACAAGAUUACGACUUUACUUAGCUGUUGUUAUUAACUUUUGUUGUGCAAUCGUAUACUAUGGGCUUAGUCUAAAUGUUGUUAAUCUCGACACUAAUCUCUACCUUAAUGUACUUCUCAAUGCGGUUGCUGAAAUGCCGGCCUACACAUUAACCGCGAUAAUGUUGAAUAAGUUUGGUAGGAAGCCGCUCACUAUAGGAACAAUGUGGUUUAGUGGUGUGUUUUGUUUGUUAGCGACUAUGAUGAAGAGUUACGGUACAUGGAAGAUUUUACGUAUGAUUUGUGGAGUUUUAGGGAUUUUUGGUAUGUCCGGAACUUAUAAUCUAUUGUUCAUUUAUACAGUGGAGUUGUUCCCUACGGUGGUGAGGAACGCGGCUUUAGGUUGCGCUACACAAGCGUCUCAAAUGGGAGCCAUAUUGGCUCCGCUUGUGGUGGUACUCGGUACUAGAUUGCCCUUCGCUCUAUUUUCAAUAUGUGGAAUUUUUGGGGGUUUGCUCGGAUUUUAUUUGCCGGAGACGCUUAAUCGACCUUUAUAUGAUACAAUGACUGGUAUGGAGGAAGGGGAAGCUAUUUGGAUUUCGUAGAUCUGUUAGAAAUUAGAAUAGAUUUUGUCUAUCAACAUUUGUAGUUUAUUAUUUUGUAAGUGGUAGUAAAAAUUAGCAUGUAAUUAUCAUUUUACAACAGUUAGCUAACGGGCUCAAAUUUGGGCCAAACUCAUUGGGCGAGCCCAUUAACGUUUCUGGAGGUGAAUUUAAUGGGGCAACUUAUUUGCGUUGGGCUAGGUCCGAAUAGUUUUCAUCACAUUGUUGAAAUAACGAAUUUUUGUAUGAAAAAGUUUCACCGUGAGACAUGGCUCAUACUUGGGUUAAAUAGUUUAAAAAUAGAAACUUUAGCUUAUGGGCUUCUUGUUUUGAGGUCGUUUCACCGUGAGACGGUCUCAUACAAAAUGGGAUGUUUUGAAAUUGCUGCUUAUUAAAAUAUGAAGAAGAUUGACUGUAAUUUUGUGAUUCAAUUCGAUUUUUUAUUUAUUUGAUCUGAUUUUAAAAAAUAAAUAUUUGAGUAUUCAAGUUAAUUUAAUUCGAUAUUUUGAGAAUUAAAGUUUUAAAUAGUUAAAUUUUUGGAUUGAAUAGGUUAAAGUAAUAAUUACAUGAAAAGUUGAAUUUAAACAUUUAUGUUUUGUAUACUUUAUCUUUUCAAAAUGACACAAGAGUUAAGACUUGGUCAAUUUCUUGAUAACAAAAUUAAUAGAAGUAACAAAAAUAAUUGGAUUGAUAAUUUUUCAACAUCAAGCGAUUACAAAUAAAUAUAUAAAUGAAUCGGAGAUAUUUUGUACGUGUUUAUAAAUUUUAUAAUGUCUUAAUAUAAAAAAGUGUCUUGAUUAGAUCUGUUAUUUUUUUUUUCGAAUUUAAGCUUUGAAAACAAUACAUUUAAAACAUACGUUAAGAAGAGAUUUACAUUUCAUACGUUUCAAUUUUGAUUCCAAUAGUUUUUUCCUCGAGGAAUUUUUUAUGCCGGAGGUUUCUUUGGACUCUCUCUUAAUUUUAAUAUAUUAUAAAUAUCUCUAUUUAUCUAAAAAAUAUUGACAAACCUACCAAAGAGGGGCAUUUCACAAUAAGAUUUGCCAUUUAUCCAUGGAAUUCAUUUUUAAUUGCAACUUUCACAACGAUAAUAACUUUACAAAAGUUAAUCAAUCAAAACAUAAAUGGAGCUACUGUAAAUGCUGCCAACGCCACUGGAAGAGGAUCUCU